AUGAUCAUCAUCAUCAUUAUUAUUAUUACUUGUAUCAGGCCUCAAAAGGAACUGCUACAAGUGUCCGGACUUUUUCUCCAUUAUUUCUGUGUAUUCCAGGGCCUGGACAUAGAGUUAUUGUUUGACUCAUCUUUGUUGAUUAACACACUAAGAAAUGAAAGACAUAAGGUUAACAUUAUGUGGGCUGGUCACCAAACGCACCACAGUUCCGAAGGCUAUAACUUAUCCACAGCACUGAGACAAUCUGUCCUCCAAAUUUACACUUCCUGGAUAUUCUACUCUCCCCUGGCCCUCUUCAUACCACCUUCAGUAUAUGCUGUUCAUCUUCAGUUCAAUCUCCUCUACCAGUUUUGGAUCCAUACAGAGGUCAUCGAUAACCUUGGUCCUUUGGAACUGAUUCUUAAUACUCCUAGCCAUCAUAGGGUUCAUCAUGGCAGAAACCGUUAUUGCAUAGACAAAAAUUUUGCUGGAACUCUUAUUAUAUGGGAUAGAAUUUUUGGGACAUUUGAAGCAGAAAAUGAAAAAGUUGUAUAUGGUCUAACACAUCCCAUUAAUACAUUUGAACCUUUCAAGGUGCAGUUCCAUCAUUUAGUUAACAUAUGGACUACAUUCUGGGCCACGCCUGGGUUCUUCAAUAAGUUUUCUGUCAUAUUUAAAGGACCAGGAUGGGGUCCAGGUAAACCAAGACUUGGACUGAUUGAAGAAAUCCCAGAGGUUGAGGGGAAAGAAGUUCCUUUCACAUCAUCGGCAUCUCAGCUAUUGAAGAUAUAUGUACUGGUACAGUUUACUCUGAUACUGGCAUUUUAUGAAGAGACCUUUGCAGAUAAAGCUGUACUAUCUCAGGUCAGUCUCCUUCUGAGGGUUUGCUUCAUUAUCCUGACCUUGACCUCCAUUGGAUUUCUUUUGGAUCAAAGACCUAAGGCAGCUGUUCUGGAAACUCUUCGUUGCUUGGUGUUCCUAGGGCUUUGCAGAGCAGGUCACCUGAAGCCUUGCUUCCCUUCUUUGUCAUUUGCUCUUGAGGUGGAUUCUUUACCAACCGAGCUGUCAGGUGCUGACCUUCUAAGCAGAUAAAGAUAAUCAGAGGUCAGAGCUUCACAGAGUGGUACCGCCAGCAAACGCAGAAGCAGAGAUACAGCAGCAAAAUAUUUGUGUAAUGAUAAUUUGAAUGAUUAAGGUGAAAUUAUAUUGCUUUUAUGUACAGUUACCAAUAAAUUAACUUUUAAAUAUUUGCCUAUCAAGUAAAUAUGUGAAAUUUUACCUUUCUGGGGAGUGAUGAAAACAUUUUGAAAAUUGACAGGGGUGGUGUUUACCCAACCCUGCACUAAAGUUAUCUGAAUUGUACACCUCAAAGUGAUUCAUUUUAUGUUAUGUGAAUUUGUCUUCAAUAAAAAAAAAAGAAAAAUAGUGUCAUGAAGAGGAAAAAAAAUGAAAUCAAUGUUUCAGAAUGUCUCUAGAUCAUAGAAAAAGCAAAAAUAAAAUCCCCCCGAUUAUGUACAGAAAAGUGUUUCUAAAGUACUUGCGAAACAGUCCUUUUCACCAGAGAUAAAAUUUUCAGAACAUAUUCCCUCUAGCAUUCUAAGGCUGAAGGCUAAAAGUAUUAGUCGCUUCAGUCAUGUACGACUCUCUGUGACCCCAUGGCCUGCAGCCCACCAAGCUCUUCUGUCCAUGGGAUUUUCCAGGCAAGAAUACUGGAGUGGGUAGCCAUUCCCUUCUCCAAGGAAUCUUCUUAAUUAAAACCCCAGAUCCUCUAUUAUGUCUGCCUGGGAGCCUUUAAUCGCUUUCUCAGUUAAUUGCUGGAGCUAAGAAUUCACUGGAGAGUGGCUUCCUUGUGCUGCUCAAAGUUGGGAAGGUGGAGCCCAGGUGCCUUAAUUUAUCUGCCCGUGGUCAAAAGGGCCAGCAAUCUGGUAAAUGUCGAAAACAGCUGACACAACGCAGCCAGUCACUACACGCAGAGACAGGUGGACGAAAGACUGCUAAAGAGAUUUCACCCCUGAGAGCUACGGCGGCCGGCGGCGGUGGUGGCUGCAUUUUGUGAACAUGUUGCUAGCAAGCUUUAAGAUGUGCAGGGUGAGCAGGUGGGUUGCGCCUGACCCUCCAUGUCCCCUGGCAGAAUUACAGAGAGCUCUUCUCUGGGGAGAAGCUGCCUGUUUUGCAGGUAAGGGUGGAUUUAAUCAGUCUUUCCAUCUGUCCCCUUUUCCAAAAUCCUUUGCUCAGUGUGGAAGAUCUCUGACAUGUAGAGGCGUGAGCAGUGGGCAGGAUGUCACUGUGCCCCCUUUAGCUUGGUAGGUGAGGGGACACACUCUUGUUUAAUGGGUAAUGGCUCCUCUCAUUGUCUGUCUCCCCCACCUUAUAUUUUCUUUUCUUUAAAUAUUUGCCUAUAUGUUGGUUUUUCUAAAUAGACAAUCACAUCUGUAAACAGUAAGGUUUUUGUUUUAGCCCCAGCUCCCAAUUCCUCACAACUCUUGCUCUCACAUAUUGGUUAGAACUACCAUCUUAUUGUUGAGCCACUCAGUCCUGCCUGACUCUAUGUGACCCCAUGGGCCAUAGCCUACCGGGAAGUCCAUGGGAUUCCCCAGGUUAGAAGGAAUGGGUUGCCAUUUCCUUCUCCACUGUCUCCCCUUUUUAAUUUGUCCUAUCCUUCUGCCAGAAUGACUGAGAAUGUAAAUUCUAUAUAAUUAGAAAAUAUGUUCUGUUACUGGAAUGUGACUUUUGUCUUAAGGUCUUCCCUCUUGUAUACUUCUGCCUUCAAUAUUCAGUACUGUUUAUGGGUUUCGAAUGAAAGAAAACAUAGAGACAGUGGGUGUACUCGACUCCAACUUUAGAAAGCCCAUGGUUGCCCUUUGCUCUUGUCUCCUGAAGAGCGUUUGCUCCUUAUCGCACAGACUCAGAGCUGGGACAUUUUGCUGCCACGAUAAAAGAACCCAGUUACUUUCUCUGAAGGAAACUUGAUGGCAUUUGACAUUGUGAUAUACACGGAUACAUAUGUUUUGCCCCCAGGGAGGGCACUGGAAUGUUUGACAGUCCUCCACAUGUUUUCAGAUGUUGAAGUUCAUGAACUCCAAAGGACCAGGUGUCAAAAUGGUUUUGUUUAUGUGGUUUCAGAAAAUUACAGCCUAAAUGCAAAUACAGUCUAGGCCAUCCUGAUUUGCCGAAGUAUGUGUAGGGCUUACUAAGAAAUUACUUAAUAAAUGUAAACACUACAACUUAGAACUUGGUAGAUAAGUCUAAAUUGGAAGUACGUCAUAGUUUAGUUUCUCUGUGACUUUCUCAAUGUGUAUGAAAACACGCAAAGUAGUCAGAUUCCAAAUACUUGAAGAUGAAUAUAACAGCCCAGAUCCUAGAAUCUAAAGAAUGUGAUUAAUAUGGCACGCACUGAAAUGACAAGUUUCCCCCAAAGAGCAGAUAGUUUCAUAGAAUAUCUUUUAUUCAACAGCGAUCCUUAAACAUGACUCAGUAAGAUUAAUUCUGGGAUUCAAGAUGAAGAAUAACAAGAGGGGAUGCUGAAAGUUAAUGGUGGAUAUUUUUUUCCAUAUUGAGUCAACCAAUUUUAUAGGAAAGAACAGUAUCCGCCAAAUUUAAAGAAAACAAAAAAACCCCGAAAUAGUAUGGUUGCUUUGAUUCAAUUGGCACUGAGGUUUUCUAAAUAAAGGAAAGAACUGGGUGGACAUAUAUUUGUGGUGAGAGCAUAGUUUUGGGGUUUUUCUGUUGUUGCUCUUUUGGUAGGUGUGAUGGAUUUCUUUUGCUGUCAUAAUCUGUGAUGUGAAUUGAAUGUGGUAGAAGUGAUGGCCCAUACAAGUAUUUGAUCUAUAUGUAUUUGUGUUUAUGUGUGAAUAGAGGUUAUUUGCUUUUCACGUGAAUGCAAGGAUUUAAAUAGUAAGGAGUACAGGAGCAGUUCAUUUUGCCUGACAAAGCACUUAGCUUUGAGAUUAGUAUAUAUUUUUCCAGGGCCCCAGUUCUCUCAUGUAUUUUAGAGCAGGUCUGCUUAUGAUAAUACAUAAAUAUUUUCUCAUGGUAGUGAUUUAAGAUGCUAAAGUCUUUAAGAAUUAGUCAUGUAAGUAUAUAUGAAAUUCCUACACUCAGUUUAAUGCAACCUAUUUAAAGUAAUAUGAAGACUACUGUUAAGUUUUGGUGAGAAAUCUGAAUAUUCUAGUGGCUACUGCAUUAAAACUGAAGACAGGUAAUGUGCAGAGUGUAGACUGCUACUGUAUUAUCUAAGUUAUGGGUAUGAAAGUUAAAGUAUAUUUAUCUACACAUGCUACAAUAAAUCUUAACAGUAACUGGUAUGCAGAGAGCAUUUGAAAGGUAGUCCUGGCCAGACACAAGUCAUUUGGCAGUGGCCUUGCCUAGUAUAUAUUUUCAGGCCUGUCUGCACAAAGAUGCUGGCACAUUAGCCAUGAUUUCUAUUCCAGGUGAUGGAUUUCUAUCCAAGUAAGUGAGUGACUAAAUAUUUUCCGGUGGAAUCUAGGCACCAUAAAAUCGCUGAAGCCAAAUAAAAAAGUUGUCGACCUUUCUAAAAAGUAAUUAUAAUAGCUUUGCGUACCACUGUGACAGAAGAAAUAUUUCCACUUAGAUCACCAAACGAUGGUAUGAGUUGAACCUAAUUAGAAAAAAAAAAAAAGGUUAUACAAGUAUACUGUUAAUAUUUCUUUUUACCAACACUAAUGAAUGUCUUACUGAAUUUUUAUGAAUUUCCAAAAACCCCCUACUCAUUAGCAACAACUGAAUACAUUGAUUCCGCAUCCAGCUCUAUCAAACAAAAGAAAUCCAGUCUGAACCCACUGAAAACCCAUGCCAUCAUCACUUCAUCUGAUUUAUUCUACACAGUACCCGUUGAGGAACUGAACACUUUACAUUAGUUUAUUUGUGUUACCCUAAGCAAUUAGAGAUGAAUAUGCCUUCCCAAGCCCAAGCGAUACAAAUGCAAGGGUCUUUUUGUGGCAGGUUGUUUAAAUUUACAACAUAAAGCUAGCAUUUCCAUCUCCAAUAAAAUCCAAACAGACAUUUAAUUUUGGUGCAUGACAUUUCUGACUAAAAUAGAGCCAGAAAAGGCUAGGACAGCUCUUAUUGUUCAUGAAUCUGAACAAAUUGGGGAUCUGUGAAUUUAUAGCCAGGUUUUUCUCUACUAUUGUUUAAAAUAGCACACAUGGAAAAAACGCCAUGGGUGUGUUGUAAUUCAGCUUUAAUGAUGUAACACUUGGUUUCAGUCAAUUGUUAGAGGGCUGCAAGUGACAUUGGUUUUGUGCUUCAGACGUUGCAUGUAA